AUGGCUUCGGGGCUGGGUGAUAAGGUUGACAGACACCCAGCGACGGGCCAGCAUGUCGACACUGCCAGGCCGCCCAACGCCCUUGAUUUGCGUCCGAAUGGUGAGCUAGACCGACCCGUCACCCAGCUCCAUCUUGCCAUCUCGCUGCUCUCUCGCUUCGCAAAAUGCAUCGAGGGUAGUGCCGAAGACUUGGAUCAGGCUAUUGCAUUUCAGAGGGAAGUCGCUGGCUUUGCACCAUGCAAUGCCGAAGACUUGGAUGAGGCUAUUGCACUUCAGAGGGAAGCGCUGGCAUUGUGCCCUUUCGGUCACACAGAUCGGUCCAAGCCAUUGAAUAAUCUUGCGGCUCAUCUCUUCACCCGCUUUCGUCAUCGAGGCAAUGCCGAAGACUCAGAUCAUGCUAUUGCACUUCUGAGAGAAGCGCUGGCUUUGCGCCCUGUCGGGCACACAGAUUGGCCUAUCACACUUCAGAGGGAAGCGCUGGCAUUGUGCCCUGUCGGUCACACAGAUUGGUUCUUGUCAUUGAAUAAUCUUGCGACUCACCUCUCUACCCGCUUUCAUCACAGAAGCAAUGCUGAAGACUUGGAUGAGGCUAUUGCACUUCAGAGGGAAGCGCUGGCAUUGUGCCCUGUCGGUCACACAUAUCGGUCCUCGUCAUUGAAUAAUCUUGCGAAUCGACUCUUCACCCGCUUUCAUCACCGAGGCGAUGUCGAAGACUUGGAUGAGGCUAUUGCACUUCAGAGGGAAGCGCUGGCAUUGUGCCCUGUCGGUCACACAGAUCGGUUCUUGUCAUUGAAUUAUCUUGCAACUCGACUCUCCACCCGCUUUGAUCAUCGAGGCAAUGCCGAAGACUUGGACGAGGCUAUCACACUUCAGAGGGAAGUGCUGGCAUUGUGCCCUGUCGGUCACACAGAUCAGUCCUUGUCAUUGAAUAAUCUUGCGACUCGACUCUCCACUCGCUUUGAUCAUCGAGGCAAUGCCGAAGACUUGGAUGAGGCUAUUGCACUUCAGAGGGAAGCACUGGCAUUGUGCCCUGUCGGUCACACAGAUCGGUCCUUGUCAUUGAAUAAUCUUGCGACUCGACUCUCCACCUGCUUUGAUCACCGAGACAAUGCCGAAGACUUGGAUGAGGCUAUUGCACUUCAGAGGGAAGCGCUGGCAUUGUGCCCUGUUGGUCACAGAGAUCAGUCCUCGUCAUUGGGUGGUCUUGCGGUUCAGCUCUCCGCCCGCUUUGAUCACCGAGGCAAUGUUGAAGACUUGGAUGAGGCUAUCGCACUUCAGAGGGAAGCGCUGGCAUUGUGCCCUGUUGGCCACACAGAUCGGUCCAAGUCAUUGAAUCAUCUUGCGAUUUAUCUCUCCACCCGCUUCGAUCACCGAGGCAAUGCCGAAGGCUUGGAUGAGGCUAUUGCACUUCAGAGGGAAGCGCUGGCUUUAUGCCCUGUCGGUCACACAGAUCAGUCUGCGUCAUUGAAUAAUCUUGCGACUCAACUCUCCACCCGAGGCAAUGCCAAAGAUCUCAAUGAGUCACGAGACAAUCUCCGCUGUGCCUUAACUCUGUCUAUGCAACAUGAUUCUCGUCAAUUACAGGGACUUGACGGCACUGUCCCAGGUGAAGAUACUAACAAUAUGAAUGCUGCCAUGCAUCAUUUCAAGGCAGCAGUAAAUGUCGUCCUUGCAGGUUUUCUAUGUCGCCUGCAAGCAAGUCUGCGCUGGGUUGGUCAUGCUAGCCAACAUUCACAUGGUACUCAGCUAGAGGCUUAUGCGACUUCCAUGCAACUUCUAGACACUUACAUGUCCACCACAGCUUCAGUAUCGUCUCGUCAUAAUGCUAUGAAGGACUUUCCGGGUACGCUUGCCGUAGAUGCUGCAUCAUGUGCUCUUCGUAGCGGUGAUACUCGCGGGGAUCAUGCAGUGGCCCUGAUGGAGAGAUUCAGAGACCUCAGCUCCCUCCUUGAUAAAUCUCCUGCGAGUCAUCCAGAAGGGUCCCGAAGCAUUGCUGCAGAAGCAGAAGCAACCCGGUACAGACGUCUAGUGGAAGACUGGAAUAGAGUUGUGGAAGAGAUCCGGAAGGUCGAGGGCUUCUCUCACUUCCUACUUCCUCCUUUGUUCUCUGAUCUUCAAGAUGCAGCUCGUGAUGGACCCGUGAUCGUGUUGAUCGCAAGCGAGUCGUCUUGCAAUGCCAUUAUUGUUCGGCACCACCAAUCCCCGACUGGCAUUCAACUCCCUACCAAUUUUUUGAAACUUGUCAGACUGGUGCUUGCACUCCAGGAGGGAAUUAAUAAAGAGGCCAGUCCUAAAGGGAACCAACCAGCACUGACGAAAGCCUUGAGGGAGUUGUGGAACGACGUCGUUCACCCAGUGGUCGAGAUUCUUGGCGGAUCAAUAUAUCUCUUCAUACACGCCAUCGCUUACCGCGCUGCUGAGGGCCCGCAGAAGUCACGACAGAAUCUCCCGGAUGGCGCUUCAUUCAUGUUGAAUGGUGUGGAACCUGAGCUAGAUUUAGUGCAGAGUCUUUUACCCCCUUCCCCAACAGUUUCCUUCACCAAGAUAAUGAGCGUCGAUGCAAUGAAAUUGAGAGUACUAUACACAUUGCGAGACAAUACUUGGCUCCAUCUCUCGUGCCACGGGACACAAAAACUUGACGAACCCUUCAAGUCGGCCUUUCUCAUGCGCGACCAACCACUUUCGCUCCUCGAUAUCACCCAAAUAGAUCUCUCUCGGUAUCAAUUUGCAUUUAUUUCUGCCUGUGAAACUGCAGUCAGUGACUUGAGUACGCCCAAUGAAGUGAUACACCUAGCAGCUGGCCUGCAAUUCGCUGGGGUUAAGAGCGUCAUUGGGACAUUAUGGAAGGUCAACGAUAGUACUGUGCAGCACCAUCAGGAAAACCACCAGUCCCUUUUUCCCGCUUAUGUUACUUUUUAUGCUUAA